AUGCCCUGCGUCCAGGCUCAGUAUGGAUCAUCACCUCAAGGAGCUAGUCCUGCUUCCCAGAGCUACAGCUACCACCCCGCAGGAGAAUACAGCUGCGACUUCUUAACCCCCGAGUUUGUUAAGUUUAGCAUGGACUUGACCAACACUGAAAUCACAGCUACUACGUCUCUCCCAAGUUUCAGUACAUUCAUGGACAACUAUACCACCAGUUACGACGUCAAACCGCCCUGUCUGUAUCAGAUGCCCCACUCUGGAGAUCAGUCCUCUAUCAAGGUGGAGGACGUCCAGAUGCACAGCUACCAUCAGCAGGGCCACCUGCCCCCCCAGUCGGAGGAAAUGAUGGCUCACUCUGGGCCUAUGUACUUCAAACCAUCCUCUCCCCAUGCCCCGAGUACACCAAACUUCCAGGUUCAGCAUAAUCACAUGUGGGAGGACCCUGGCUCCCUCCAAAGUUUCCACCAGAACUAUGUCGCGGCCACGUCUCACAUGAUGGACCAGCGCAAGAAUCCGGUGUCGAGGCUCUCGCUCUUCUCCUUCAAGCAGUCCCCGCCUGGCACUCCUGUUUCCAGCUGUCAGAUGCGGUUCGACGGGCCGCUACACGUCUCCAUGAACCACGACAACUCGGGCGUGCACCGCGGCCUUGACGGUCAGAGCUUCGGGGUGCCCAGCGCCCUCCGGAAACAGGCUGGUCUUGCUUUCCCUCACUCCCUGCAGCUCGGCCACGGGCACCAGCUGAUGGACAGCCAAGUGCCAUCGCCCCCGUCCCGAGGAUCUCCGUCAAACGAGGGUCUGUGUGCGGUAUGUGGGGACAACGCAGCCUGCCAACAUUAUGGAGUGAGAACCUGCGAGGGCUGCAAAGGAUUUUUUAAGCGCACCGUUCAGAAAAAUGCUAAAUACGUGUGUUUAGCAAAUAAAAACUGUCCUGUUGACAAACGCCGGAGAAAUCGUUGCCAGUUCUGCCGUUUCCAGAAGUGCAUGGUCGUCGGAAUGGUGAAAGAAGUUGUCCGAACGGCUAAUCUCAAAGGUCGGAGAGGACGCCUACCUUCCAAACCCAAAAGUCCACAGGAGCCCUCCCCAACUUCGCCGCCGGUGAGCCUCAUAAGCGCACUUGUUAGGGCCCAUGUGGACUCCAACCCCUCGAUGUCUGCUUUGGACUACUCCAGAUUCCAAGCUAACCCUGACUACCAAAUGACUGGAGACAACACUCAGCACAUCCAGCAGUUCUACGAUCUCCUGACGGGCUCCAUGGAGAUCAUCCGGGGCUGGGCGGAGAAGAUCCCCGGCUUUUCUGAUCUACCGAAGCAAGAUCAAGAUCUCCUCUUUGAAUCCGCCUUCCUUGAACUUUUUGUCCUGCGGCUUGCGUACAGGUCCAACCCAGUGGAAGGCAAACUUAUUUUUUGUAAUGGAGUGGUGUUACACAGGCUGCAGUGCGUCCGCGGAUUUGGAGAGUGGGUGGAUUCUAUCGUGGACUUUUCUUCCAACUUGCAGAGCAUGAACAUAGACAUCUCAGCUUUUUCCUGCAUCGCAGCUCUGGCCAUGGUAACAGAGCGACACGGGCUAAAGGAACCCAAGAGAGUCGAAGAUCUCCAAAACAAGAUAGUCAACUGCCUAAAAGACCAAGUGACGUUCAAUGGAGGUGGAUUGAAUCGUCCCAACUACUUGUCAAAACUCUUGGGAAAGCUCCCUGAACUGCGCACACUAUGUACCCAAGGUCUGCAGCGUAUCUUUUACCUAAAACUAGAAGAUCUAGUCCCUCCGCCAGCAAUAAUUGACAAACUUUUCCUCGACACCCUACCUUUCUGAGUCUGACUCGAUUAUGAGACCUCAAAGAACUUCCAAAAGACUGUUUGUGAGUCAGAUUUUUAACGUUAUUAUUUCUGAAUAUUUGCAAGCUCAGCAGGCUAAUAGAACAAAAUACCCUAUUAUGAUUAAGGAUCCAUGAAAAAAAAAAAAUAAUAACAAGAGGAUUAGACAGAGUGUCAUUGCUGUGUAGGCCUUUUAUUUGUGUUAUUGUCAAACGAAUGAAUCAUGACGCGGAAUUUCUCUGUGGUGGACAAAUUGUUAUUCCGGUUUUACACCUAUACUGUUUAUUUAUUUAACAUCGGCUCAACUGAUUUACUCAUAUGUAAUAUAUUGCAUUUAUAUAUAUAUGAACAUACAUUCAUAUUCAUACACACAAACACACUGUAUAUUAUGAUAGAAUAUGUGAUGCCUCCAAUGCAUCGGUUUAUAACGUGUACAAAGUUUGUUAUAAUGAAAACAUUCAAUUUAAGUUUCUUUUCUGACUCGUGCCUAUGUGUUUCUGACAGGAUCCCAAAAAGUAUCCAGAAAAGACAACGCAUGUUCUAGUUUUCUUUUUUUAUAGGCACUUGCUGAGGUGAUGUCUAUAAUAUAUACCGGACACUAUGUAGUCUGCUAGAUUUGAUACAGAUUCGUAGUAAUGGCACUCCUUUUAUGUAUGACGCAUAUGUGGAAACAUAUUUCAUCUGUAUAGAAAAUGAGGGACCCAUGGUGUUUGUAAAACUGUCAGACAUUCCUUGUUUGUAUGUGCUGUAAGUAUUGUUGCUGUUGAAUAUAAACGUUUCUAUAUAUUUAUUAUUUCUGUUGCCAAGAGCUACACUAAGCAUGGUGCAAUUUAAACGAUUUCAAACCAUCCAAGUUCAAGCUGAGCACGUUGUCUAUGUUUUAUGUCUUAUAACCGUCUAGGUGGUUAUGAUUUAACACGCUUUGCAAAUGAGAAGCUCUCAUCUUAUAUCCAGAGGUUCAUGAGUGUGUGAUAUAGGCCCACAUUUAUGGCAUCAUGAUGUACUUACAACUUCUGUAACGCAUUUGGUGACGAAUUAAACACUUUAGAG